AUGGCCGAAUUCGUUCGCGCGCAGAUCUUUGGAACGACGUUCGAGAUAACCUCGAGAUACUCGGACCUCCAGCCCGUUGGCAUGGGAGCUUUUGGUCUCGUCUGCUCCGCCAGGGAUCAGCUCACGAACCAAAAUGUCGCUGUCAAGAAGAUUAUGAAGCCUUUCAGCACUCCCGUCCUCGCCAAGCGCACCUACCGUGAGCUCAAACUGCUCAAGCACCUCCGACAUGAAAACGUUAUUUCUCUGAGCGACAUCUUUAUCUCUCCCCUCGAAGACAUGUAUGCGAUUCCAUCCACCCGUGCCCCUUCGCAGACCAUGCUGACCGGUCGCAGCUAUUUCGUCACCGAGCUCCUAGGAACCGACCUUCACAGACUUCUCACGUCGAGACCACUUGAGAAACAAUUCAUCCAAUACUUUCUGUACCAAAUCAUGCGCGGUCUCAAGUACGUCCACUCGGCCGGCGUCGUUCACCGUGACCUGAAGCCCAGCAACAUUCUUGUCAACGAAAACUGCGAUCUCAAGAUUUGCGACUUUGGUCUCGCCCGAAUCCAAGACCCGCAGAUGACGGGUUACGUUUCCACCAGAUACUACCGCGCCCCCGAGAUUAUGCUCACAUGGCAAAAAUACGACGUCGAGGUCGACAUUUGGAGCGCUGGUUGCAUCUUUGCCGAGAUGCUCGAUGGUAAGCCCUUGUUCCCGGGCAAAGAUCACGUCAACCAGUUUUCCAUCAUCACCGAGCUUCUCGGUACGCCGCCCGAUGAUGUCAUAAACACCAUUGCCAGCGAAAAUACGCUACGAUUCGUCAAGUCGCUACCCAAGCGCGAACGCCAGCCACUUCGCAACAAGUUUAAGAAUGCAGACGAUUCUGCAAUCGACUUGAUGGAGCGCAUGCUCGUCUUUGACCCCAAGAAGCGCAUUACGGCUGCUGAGGCGCUUUCGCACGACUAUCUUGCCCCAUACCACGAUCCCACUGACGAACCCGUCGCGGAGGAAAAGUUUGACUGGAGCUUCAAUGACGCCGAUCUUCCUGUGGACUCGUGGAAGAUCAUGAUGUACUCUGAGAUCCUUGAUUACCAUAACGUGGAAGCCGCGUCCGGGCUAGAAGAUGGCUCCGUUCCAGCACAAUAG